AAACUCAAAGCGUUUCAUUGCGCGGUUGCGCGUUCGCCAGCGAAAUGGCGUCGGAAGCGGAGGCUUCAUGUAUAAGUGACCCUAAUUUCGCGGUUAUCUGCUCUUUUUUAGAGCGGUUUGCUGAAACAUGUGGUAUUGCACAUCCAGACUUUAAAGAUCUGCAGCAAAUGUUAGAAAACUGUGAGCAAGUUGACACUCAGCUGAUAGAUUUACACAUCAAGCUGCUAAGAAAGGCCAGGAAGUCAUUCACUUCCGAGAAAUGGGAAAAAGCCCUAGUAAAGUUUUGUCACAUCCACAACCAGGAAGAUGCGACACACAUUGAAACUAGUGGUUACUUGAAGGUGCCUCUGUCAAACAAAGUUAGGAUCUUAAAGACACUCUUAGAAUCCCAAUUUGAUAUGAACAUGAAGUUUAAAGCGGCAAUCAACAAAUUGACUGCUUCUGAACUUCGAUUGGCACCUUUAGGUCGUGACACUGAUGGUCAAGUCUAUUGGGUCCAGCAAGAUGACAGCCUCAACAUCAGGGUUUAUCAAGAAGAUGAGGAUGAACAAUCUUGGAAACUUGUUGUGAAUGACAGGGAGUCUCUUGCACAGCUCAUCACAAAGUUGUCAGGUGGGAAGCUGGGGCCUGCAGAGCUUGACAGAGCUGUCUUGGAUGAUGACAGUGCCCAGAGCCAAGAUGAUGAGGAUGAAGAAAUCCAGCCAGAUGACAUUUUGCUGGACACAGGACAGCCUGAAGACGCCAAACCCCCUGGUUUAACCAACGGCUCACAUAAGAAGAAAAAGAAGAAACACCACGAAAAACCUAUAAAUGAGGCUGAUGCUAAUAACUGCGAGGAAGAGGAAAAGGAGGAGGAGGAGGAGGAAAAAGAUGGGCUAGAGCAAGAAAAGAAAGAAGUUGCACCAGUACAGAAUGAAGCUGCUGCUGAAUCCACUGAUUUAAAACGCAAGGCAGAAGACGACACACCUGAUGCCAAAAAGUCGAAAGUGGAGGUUGGCGAAGCAAUAGAGGAGCCUCUCAUGCUAGUUCAGGGUGAAGGCAAUGGAGCAGACUGUGAUGCUGUGUUUGGGGAAGCCAUUGAAGAGCCUGUGAUGUUCUUUUGUGGUGUUGGAUCUGGUAGAGAGUGUGACACUGGGAAUCCAGGUGAAGGAAAAGAUGAAGAAAAGGAGCCGAGGAAAGAUGCAGCUCAAGAAAACAAAAAUGACAAUUCUCCAUCCAAGUCUGCAGUGUGGAGCAUUGAUCAAAUUUGCGGUACCAGCAAACCAAGUCAGUCGUCAUUUUCAAUGGGCAUGAUGUUUGGUAAUUUGGCUAAGCCAACUUUUGUGUCCAGCCCUGAGAAGCCUUCAUUUUUCAAUGUUAACUUCGCAGCAAAUGCUAAAUCUGCUUACGCUCCCGAGUCAAACCAAACUACUAAGACUGAGGAUGCGCAAAAUUCUGGGGAAAUAGCGCAAUGUGAGCAUGAAAGUGUUGCGGAUGUGACUAGCCAGGCCCAAGAACAAUCUCAGUGCAAAGAAGAAUCUAGUGAAGUUAAAAAUGAGGAAGUGGAACCAGUGUCUGAGAGAGUAGUAAAUGACUUGACUGAUGCGAAAGUUGAAAGUCCAGCACAGACCACAGAGGAAUCAAAUCCCCUUGUUGAGAGUGCAGAAGUUGUUCCUGACCAACCAUCCACGUGUGUAUCUGAUCCUGAUCAGAAGAAUAAUAAUUGUGUUGAUGCUCCAAUCUCGGAAAAUAUAGUUGCCAAGCCGAAAAGCGAAGAAACUUCAAUUCCAUUGCAAGAUUCUGUAAAUUCCUCUGAGUCUGCAAAUGCGGCUGACGCAAAAGAUAAUUCCUGUAUAGAAUCUCUUCCCCACGACACCUCAACUGAGAACACAAUUAAAGAAGAAAAAGCACCAGAACCGACACCAAGCUCACUAGAGGACGAAACUAGCAUGGAGGUUGAUGCUGAAACAUGUGAGUCACCACUUAAGAAGAAGGGUGAAAGCGAGAAAGUCCCAAGUCCAGACAGCAAAGUUAAAGAUUGUGAGAAAACUGAAGUUGCUGGGUCUACGCAACCAGUAGAGUCUAUUCCACCACUUGAAGGUCCCUCUCUGUCAUUGAAGUCUACUCCACCGCCAGAAAAGCCUACCCCAUCCCCGAUGGAGGCUACUCCUCCAGAAGAGCCUGCUCCUCCAGUUAGGCCCACUCCUCCUGUGGAGCUUGCACCCAUACCAGUUGCCCCUUUGAAUGAAGAUGAGCCAACGGAUGUUGAUGAGAAAAUAGAAAAUAAUACCACUGAUAAAAUUGAAACUGCCAGGUCAAAGGCAAAUGCUCAACAAAAACCAGUUGUCAAAGACGAAGAACCUAUGGAAGUAUCACUCCCUUUAGAGCCAAGUGAAGAACAAUGUGAUGCAACCAAAGAAUUGGAGGACUGUGCAGCUAAAGAAACCAUUUCAGGUUCACUGGACAGGAAAAAAGAUGAUGAAAAGGCAGCUAAAAGUAAUGAGAAACACAAUGAUAACGAUUCAAAGGUAGCAUUAAAUGAUGAUAAACCUGAAAACGAUCGAGCAGACCUAGAGAAGGUUGAAAAAACAAUGAAUGAUGUACCUGAAGAUUCCAUGGUUAAAACUCUCGAACUCAACGAAGCUAAGGUGGAAGAAGUCGUAAAAAAGGAGCCGUUGACUGUUGCAUCUGCACUUACAUUUGAUUACGAUCCACCAGCAAGUCCAGAGGAUCAGCUGGUCAUUGAAGCACCACAACGGGCCAUGAGAGGCAGAGGUCGACCGGCCAGACGAAAGAUUUUGGGCAACACAACUCCAUCUCCUGACAAAAAUAUAGCUGAAUCUCCUCCAGCAAAAUCCACUACCGCUCCCAGGAGAGGCAGAGGCCGGGGAAGGGGCCGCCCACCCGGAAGACCCAAAAGUGGGAGACUUGAUGCACUUGCUGGUGAAAGUGACGAUAGCAAAGACAGUGGAAGUCCUGAUGUCGCAGCUGAGAAGUUGGACGAAGGCUUUCUGGGCAAAAGAGUCAGCCGAAGAAUAGCUCUAAUACGUCAAAAAGAAGAGGAGGAAAGAAAGAAAAAGGAAGCCGAAGCAUUGGCGGAAAUGCAGAGGAAAAGAGAGCUGGAUUUGCUGCGUAAGCAGCAAGUAGAUGAGCAGAGUUCCCCUGAAUCAUCUUCCGAACCUGAAUCGGAGGCAUCUAGUAAUGCUGAAGUUAGAACUAAAAGGAAAUACACAAGGAGAAAGAAAAAAGAUGGAGACUAUGGGGCUGAUGAACAACUGAAAAAGAAGAAAAAGAAAAAGAAGAAACAUAGGAGGAGGAAGGGUGGUGCGGGAAAUCCCUGGGAAUCCUCAGACUCAAGUGACUCAUCUGAAGAAAGUGACGGCCUAGAACCAGAAGAAGAGGAUGACUAUGAUGCGGUCCCAGAGUUAAAAUCUGAUCAUGAAUUCUCUCCAGAGUCUGAUUUGGAAUUGGGACCAGGAGAGGAGCACCAACCUGCCAGAAGAGCCAGGACUGCGACAGCCAAGAAAGAAAAAUCUCAAAAAGCCAAAGCUGAAGAAGAGGAGGAGGAGGAGGAUGAAUACAGAUGUCAGAAGUGUCAAAGUGGAGACCGUCCUGAAAUGAUUCUUCUCUGUGACUCGUGUGACCUCGGCUGUCACACAACAUGUCUUAAGCCAGAACUGCACUUGGUACCUGAAGGAGACUGGUAUUGUCCUCCAUGCGGGCAAAAUCGUCUCAUCGAAAAGCUCACGUCAACCUUGAGAGAACUGGACAAGGCGUCACGGAAGAAGUCAAAUGCUGAGCUCAGAAAGCAGCGGCUUGCAUAUGUCGGCAUUUCUCUCUCCAAUAUCCUUCCUCAAAAGGAUGAGGAAACUGAAGAGAGUGAAGAGGAACAGGACGAUUCAGUUGUGUCUGAAGCAGGUUCAGAACUAAAAGAAGCUCUGAAAGCUGUUGACGAGGAGGAAGAUAAUGCCAGCUCAGGUAGUCCUACCACAGAAAGCAGUGCAUCUGAAGAGGAAAAGUCUGAGGAAGAUGAAGAAAUGUACCCACUGCGUCAACGAAGGGCAGCUGCAACUGUUAAAUACGAUUUCCAAGAAUAUGAUGAAAUGAUCAACUCUGCAAUUCAAGAUGAGGUAGAUCUCGCCAAGGGUGCUGGGAACCAAGGAAAGGGGAAGGAUAUUGAUACUAUUGUUAAUGCUAAUGAGGAGGAGGAGGAGGUUGAAGGGAAAGACAAAACUUUUGAACCAGAAAAGGUUGAAAAGAAAGUUGAGGAAAAAGAAGCGGUGAAAGAGUCAGAAUCUGAGCCAGAAGAAGAGGAUGAUGAUGAUGACGACGAUGACGAUGAUUUAAACAAAACAGCCAUGAAGCGUGCAGCUAGGGAAAGAGAACGCUUAGAAAUUAUCGCAAACGCUAACAUGACUAAGAAGAAGCAGAAGAAGAAGAGCAUUGCCUGUCUAGAUAUCUCAAGUGGCGAUGAUGACCACGCAUCUGAUGAAGAUUUUGUUGGCUAUGACAGUGACUUUGAUGAAGAUGAGGAGGAAGAGGUGUCCAUGGAUAGUGGUGAUUCCGAUGUUGUUCGACGCAGGGGGAAGAAAGGCUCUGGUCCAGUGAGGAGGUCUAACAGGGCCAGGCAAUCUCGUUAUGACAAGGAGUUCAUUGAUGACUCUGAGGCAUCUGACGAGAGUGUCAAAGCGAAAAAAAGCAAGGGAGGAAGGAGCAAAGGCUGGCUAGGUUCAGAUUUUUCUGAAAGUGAAGACUCUGAGAGUGAUGAUUCAGACUGGAGAGGUAAAAAGAAGAAGAAAAGAAGAACACCUGCGAGGGCCAGGGCUCCCGCAAGAAGUAAGAAGAGAGGUGGUAAAAAGAAAAAUUCAAAAGCACCGGCCAGAAAAAGGCCCCCUCCUAAAGAUUCUGACUCUGACAAGCCUGUUGUAAAGAAACCUCGUCCACCUAAAGCAGAUAGACCAAAGAGUCCAGUGGUUAUAGAAAAACGAACAACAAGGGGGAAGAAAAUCAACUAUCAAGAAAUAGUUGGAUCAGACAGUGAUGAUGCAAAACCUAGUCGGGUGAAAGCAAAGAAGCAGCAUUUUGUUAGUGACGAAGAGGAUUUCAAGCCUGAAGAGGUAGAGACAACCCCAAAUCGCAACGGCACAGUGCUUGCUGCUAAAGUUUCAUCACCAGUCAAAGCACACGUUCCACCUCCAAUCCAACUCUCAGGGCCCUCCAAAAAUGAUAAACCGACAGUCAUAACGAAGGUACCAGUGACUGAUGAAGCAGAUGAGCUGCUUAUUCCCACCACCCUGAAUCCUCCUGUCAAGGUUGUUGGCGUUCCUCUUGAGGCAACGACGCCUGCAUCGAUUCCUGCUGCUGCGCAGUACUCACCAAACAAGUACCAGCUGCCUGCUACCCCUUCUCCACAGGAGUUUCAAGUGCGCCCUCCUGUCCGCUAUCCAACCUCGGCACCGCCGCUGACGCCUCAACAGCCUCUGCCACCCGCCGCAUUCAGGGGGCCUAACGUGCCGUUGCGGCCGCGGUUCGAAGGCAAAGAGUUGCCCAUGGUGCGGGGACAGUACCAACCUCCCUCUGCGUACCAAGGCCCCCCGCAGCCGUUUUACUAUGGGCCGGAAGACUACUACGAUUCGUAUCCUCAGGAAACGCCUACCACCUUUGAAACACCAACAACUGCACCCCCACAAGGCUCAACAGGGGAAGACGAGGUUGGAGAGUUUGGAGGCCUCGUGUCUUACUUCUCAAGUCAGCGCGAAGACGACCUCGAGUCGUAGACUGUCAUUUUGUAUUCACUCGAAUGUACAUAAUAAUUUAUGAUUAUGCCGUUUUUAUUUUGAGCUGCCACAAUAGUUAUAUUUCUGGAAACAUUAUGUGGACUGGCCUCUCAUGUGUAAAUAAAAAUAGACCAUAUCUGGAGAUGUGAAUAAAUUAUGUUGAACUCA